UUCAGCAGCUCACGCUCCUCCCCCCGUUCCCCAUCCCCCAGCCCAGCGCGGCCCGGUACCAGCUUGUGGUGCCGCCAAGGGAGCCGUCCGUGCCUCGUGCUCUUAGGACGGCCGUGUUGCGCGCUGGCGGCGCGUGGCGCUAGCCAUGGAGAUGGAUCAAGUGAACGCGCUGUGCGAGCAGCUGGUGAAAGCGGUGACGGUCAUGAUGGACCCCAGCUCCACCCAGCGCUACCGGCUGGAAGCCCUCAAGUUUUGUGAAGAGUUUAAAGAAAAGUGCCCUAUUUGUGUCCCGUGUGGCCUGAGGCUGGCUGAGAAAACACAAAUUGCCAUCGUCAGGCAUUUUGGCCUUCAGAUCCUGGAACACGUUGUCAAGUUUCGAUGGAACAGCAUGUCUCGAUUGGAGAAAGUAUACCUGAAGAACAGUGUCAUGGAGCUGAUUGCAAAUGGAACAUUAAACAUUUUGGAAGAGGAGAACCACAUUAAAGAUGUUCUGUCUCGCAUCGUAGUAGAAAUGAUCAAGCGAGAGUGGCCACAGCAUUGGCCUGACAUGCUAAUAGAAUUGGAUGCUCUUUCCAAACAAGGGGAAACACAGACAGAAUUAGUGAUGUUCAUCCUUUUGCGACUGGCGGAGGAUGUGGUGACCUUUCAGACACUUCCCCCUCAAAGAAGAAGGGAUAUCCAGCAAACAUUAACCCAGAACAUGGAAAGGAUCUUCGCUUUUCUACUUAACACACUUCAAGAAAAUUUAAACAAGUACCGGCAAGUGAAGACAGAUACUUCUCAGGAGUCAAAGGCCCAAGCAAACUAUCGAGUAGGAGUUGCAGCACUGAAUACUCUGGCAGGCUACAUUGACUGGGUGUCCAUGAGUCAUGUUACUGCGGAAAACUGUAAACUCCUGGAGAUGCUGUGUCUACUUCUGAAUGAACAAGAACUUCAGUUGGGAGCAGCUGAGUGUCUUCUCAUUGCAGUCAGCAGAAAAGGCAAAUUAGAAGACCGGAAGCCCUUGAUGGUCCUAUUUGGAGAUGUUGCCAUGCAUUAUAUACUUUCUGCUGCACAAACUGCCGACGGAGGAGGCUUGGUAGAGAAACACUAUGUCUUCUUGAAGAGACUUUGUCAGGUGUUGUGUGCUCUGGGCAAUCAGCUGUGUGCAUUGCUGGGUGUAGAUUCCGAUGUAGAAACUCCAGCGAACUUUGGAAAAUACCUGGAGUCUUUUCUUGCUUUCACAAUCCAUCCAAGUCAGUUUCUACGCUCUUCAACUCAAAUGACUUGGGGAGCCCUUUUUAGACAUGAGAUUCUAUCCCGUGACCCUUUGCUAUUAGCAGUAAUACCAAAAUAUCUUCGUGCUUCUAUGACUAACUUGCUGAAGAUGGGCUUUCCUUCUAAAACAGACAGCCCUAGCUGUGAAUACUCUAGAUUUGAUUUUGAUAGUGACGAGGACUUCAAUGCUUUCUUCAAUUCCUCCCGGGCCCAACAAGGAGAGGUGAUGAGGUUGGCAUGUCGUUUAGAUCCCAAGACUAGUUUCCAGAUGGCUGGGGAAUGGCUGAAGUAUCAACUCUCAAGCUCUAUGGAUACUGGAACCUUGAACUCUGGAACUGGAGAAGGCAACCUCUGCUCCAUCUUCUCACCUUCAUUCGUGCAGUGGGAAGCCAUGACUUUUUUUUUGGAAUGCGUGAUCAACCAGAUGUUUCGAACACUAGAUAAAGAAGAAAUCCCUGUUACUGAUGGAAUAGAGUUGUUGCAGAUGGUCCUGAACUUUGACACCAAGGAUCCUCUCAUCCUGUCCUGUGUCCUCACUAAUGUCUCAGCCCUCUUUCCAUUUGUCACCUAUAGGCCAGAGUUUCUGCCCCAGGUCUUCUCAAAGCUAUUUUCAUCUGUCACUUUUGAAACUGUUGAAGAAACUAAGCCCCCAAGAACCCGGGCAGUGAGGAAUGUGAGGAGGCACGCUUGUUCUUCCAUCAUCAAGAUGUGUCGUGACUACCCCCAGCUUGUGCUGCCCAAUUUUGACAUGCUUUAUAAUCACGUGAAGCAACUGCUCUCCAAUGAGUUACUCCUGACACAAAUGGAGAAGUGCGCCCUCAUGGAAGCCCUCAUUCUCAUUAGCAACCAGUUCAAGAACUAUGAGAGACAGAAAGUAUUCUUAGAGGAGUUGAUGGCACCUGUGGCCAGCAUCUGGCUUUCUGAAGACAUGCACAGAGUGCUGUCAGAUGUUGAUGCUUUUAUUGCCUAUGUGGGUGCAGAUCGGAAAAGCUGUGACCUGGACCUGGAGGAUCCCUGUGGCCUGAACCGUGCACGAAUGCGUUUUUGUGUGUAUAGCAUUCUGGGUGUUAUAAAGCGAACUUGCUGGCCCACUGACCUAGAAGAGGCCAAAGCUGGGGGAUUUGUGGUGGGUUAUACACCCAGUGGAAAUCCAAUCUUCCGUAACCCCUGCACAGAGCAAAUUCUGAAACUUCUUGACAAUUUGCUUGCCCUUGUAAGAACCCACAAUACUUUAUAUGCACCAGAAAUGCUAGCCAAAAUGGCAGAGCCUUUUGCCAAGGCUCUGGAUAUGUUUGAAGCGGAAAAAUCUGCUAUAUUAGGAUUACCUCAGCCCCUCUUGGAACUCAAUGACUCUGUGGUCUACAAAACAGUCUUGGAAAGAAUGCAGCGUUUCUUCUGCACCCUCUAUGAAAACUGUUUCCAUAUCCUAGGGAAGGCAGGCCCUUCCAUGCAGCAAGACUUUUACACUGUGGAAGACCUUGCUACCCAGCUCCUCAGCUCAGCCUUUGUCAACUUGAACAAUAUUCCUGAUUACCGACUCAGACCCAUGCUUCGGGUCUUCGUGAAGCCUCUGGUGCUCUUUUGUCCCCCAGAGCACUAUGAAGCCCUGGUGUCUCCCAUACUUGGACCUCUUUUCACCUACCUCCACAUGAGGCUUUCCCAGAAAUGGCAAGUCAUUAAUCAGAGAAGCUUGCUGUGUGGAGAAGAUGAGGCUGCAGAUGAAAACCCAGAGUCUCAAGAGAUGCUGGAAGAGCAGCUGGUGAGGAUGUUAACCCGAGAGGUCAUGGAUCUAAUCACGGUUUGCUGUGUUUCCAAGAAAGGUGCAGACCACAGUACUGCGCCCCCUGCAGAUGGAGAUGAUGAAGAGAUGAUGGCCACAGAACUAACCCCCUCGGCUGUGGCGGAGCUUACAGACCUGGGCAAAUGUCUGAUGAAACAUGAGGAUGUCUGUACAGCACUAUUAAUCACAGCCUUCAACUCCCUGGCCUGGAAGGAUACUCUAUCCUGCCAGAGGACAACCACACAGCUCUGCUGGCCUCUCCUCAAACAAGUGCUGUCAGGGACACUGCUUGCAGAUGCUGUUACGUGGCUUUUCACCAGCGUGCUGAAAGGCUUACAGACGCACGGGCAACACGACGGGUGCAUGGCUUCCCUGGUCCAUCUGGCCUUCCAGAUAUAUGAGGCACUGCGCCCCAGGUACCUGGAGAUAAGAGCUGUGAUGGAACAGAUCCCUGAAAUACAGAAGGACUCUCUGGACCAGUUUGACUGCAAACUUUUAAACCCAUCCCUGCAGAAAGUGGCUGACAAGCGCCGGAAGGACCAAUUCAAACGCCUCAUUGCUGGCUGCAUCGGGAAGCCCUUGGGAGAGCAGUUUCGAAAAGAAGUUCACAUUAAGAAUCUCCCCUCACUUUUCAAAAAAACAAAGCCAGUAUUGGAGACAGAUGUGCUGGAAAAUGACGAGGGUGUCCUGGCCACCAUCUUUGAACCCUGAAUCAAGCUUUUGGGCAUCCUUCCUUGGACUUAUUGUCAUCUCUUCUUCCCCUUCUUAGUUAAUCUCUAGGCCCCUCUCCACUGUCACCUCACUUCCCCCAUUGUCAGCCUGGAGAGAGAUCCAGGUCUGGAGUUGGAGAGAGUGGGCCCUCCUAUGCAGGGCCAGUAGUAGUUAUACUGAAGUAUCAAGAAAGGGAGUUAGGGCUUCUACCAUUCUGUCUAGAUCUCUCCUAGGUGUCUCCCAUUCUGCUUGGAGUUUUGACUUUUCCAAGAGAAAAGCUAUAGCAGAGCAGCCCUU